AUGGUACUUCAGUACUAUGUUAAAGUGGAUUUAGAACUGUUGUUCGUAUUCUGCAUCAAUUGCCUUCUCUGUUAUAAUUCAAGCACAAGUAUAACUAGUAUUGAUCCUUACUCCUUUAAUCUAGCAAUCCUCAAUAUAAGUAGAAAAGAAGCUUCUUCUCUUAACAUGUUUAAUACAGAGGCUUAUUAUGAUAAUAAUCUAUUAAAAGCUCGUAAAAUUUCAAUUAUCAUAACAAAUUUUCAGCUAAUGCUGCUAAUUUGUUAUGAUGAAUUUUACUUUAGUCUUAAUACUAUAGCUAAUUCAAUGUAAUAGUAAUGAUCUAUGUUUAAUGUAGAUACAAAAAAUAUUUUAAAACAUACAAACAUGUAUAUCCUAAACUUUAAAUAGUUAAACUCCCUGUGA